GGUCAAUUUCCGCAGCUUGCGAAGGUCGGUUCUGGUGCUAGAGCACAUAGUCAAGGUAGUCUGAGCUUUCUCAACCUGGUUGGCCUUUCUUCUAAUAGUGGGCCUAGAGCAAGUCAUUUUCGCACAGGUGGACCUUUUAAAACUGGUGCUUUGAAACUACCCGAUGGAAUUUUAGCUGCAGGCAAUGACUAUGGAGGCAGUGGAAUUCUGGAAGUCAAUAGUGCAGCUAAUAGCGUUAGCCCUAAAAAGAGUGAUAUUCCUGGCAAAACUGUAUCAGCUUUGGCCACAACAGCCGUAUUCCUUGGACAACAAGCUGGCAUGUUUAGAGAGAAGGAGCUAGCUCAUCUACAUGCAAACAGGUAA